CUUCGAACCGUGCGGCGGUGUCUUCCUUCUACAUAAGUAGGUCGGGGUUUGUUGAUUCUACUAGAGAAGACAGUAGCAACCGUAAAAUAUAACUACCUCCCUUGGAAGCAUGGGAAUCUACUAGAAGAUGAGCGAAAUAUAAACAAGCGAAGCGUAUUCCGGUAAAAAUGAGUUUUUCAUGAAACACACGUGGAGCUUUUUUGCUAACAAAUCUGAGACCCACAGUUUGGCGGUUAGCGGUGGUGUGUUCAAGAAAAAGUUUUGGAUGGUGUGAAAAAAAAAGAACGAAACAGGUGAUAUCGGGAAUUUUCUCCGGUAUUUUUUAUCGACGGUUGGAAGGAAGUGAACUGUGUUUGUGGCGCGCUGCAUGAUGGGAAAAGUUUGUACUUGACUAGGAAAAUAAAGGGAAAGGAAAAUAUUUGAUCGCCAUUUGGCAGAAGUGACGACCAAUAAAUGUGAAACCGUGUAGGAAAUGAUUGAUCGUUUCGAAGAAGAUAUGGGCGGCAAGAAACUGUCCAAAGUUAUGCAUUAUAGUGUGAUUAGUGUGGAUUGUUUUAGAUAAAUAGGGGCGAAACGUGGCAGAAAUUCAUCUAAAGUGAAAUAAUGAAAAUGCUAAAUGUGUAUGGAUGCAUAGAUAAACAAAGUGCAUUAUUUGUUUCCUAAUUGCUCGAAGAAAAUUAUUAACUAUAUCUGUUAGAACGUUGUACUGAAGAACAUAGCAUUUUCUGUUCAAGCAACAAUUCAUAAGUCGCCUAGUUACGGAACACGCAAAUAGUCUAUGCAGAAUGAUUGUCCGGCGAACAUUUCGAGUUUUACGACUUCAAACACCCAGCGAACCCUGCCAGCGCUAUGCGGGGGAGUGAAUGCCAGUUGGGGUGCGUUUAUUUUCUGCGGUAUAGAGGAAAUAAUAAGCAAUGACAAAAAACAGAUUCCAUCCAUCAAAUCAAUCUGCGAUGGGCGAAAUGGUUGCAACUGGAAAACAACGAGUCUGGAAAGCAGUACCUAAUUGUCAUACGAAACUCUUCCGUAGAACGAUUCGAAGCCGUGUUCACCGUGCUCAACUUGUGCAAAAGCGAUCCAAUGGUGAACAGUUCUGGAAUGCAGAAGACUGCGACAACGUGAAUCAAAUCAUUCCACCCGAACAACAUGAAACGGACAAAAUCGUCGACAUUGCAAAUGGAAUCCAAUUUGUGUACCAAUGUUCGCCGGAAGGCAGACAUUUCUUGCACCGAUGAUAAAGUUUGCUAAUAGUUCUACUUGAAUACGAAUUUAAAUUUCCGUGGCACUAUAAAAGUCCUUCAGCAGAUACUUGUACGAUGAUAAUGAAAAAUAAAUAAGCCUCACGACACGUCAUAAUUAGCUUGGAUUCAACACCGAUGAAUAAAUAGUGAACAAAAUAAUGAACAGAAUAUAAUCUUCCUAAAGAAAAAAAACAGCCAAAGUGAAGUGGAACAUAAGAUUACAUGGAGUUGUGUUUUACGUUUGUACCUUAAAAGCAUCUACUCAAGUGUACAUCAACUGCAACUACUUCUAAACGUUUCAACCGUGCAACCCUUGAAACUCGUAAGUUGGCGGCAGCACCUCUUGGCGUUAUCCUGUUUUCUCGCCACUCGACGGCGUGCCUCAGUCCUCGCGUUGCUGCACACUACUUGGAAAGGUACUCGAGCAGCCAGUAGCAGUGGGAACAGGAACCAUCGUAAAAGAGUGGACCCGACCAUUAAAACCACAACACGAAACAGCCAUGAAGUCGGCAAUUCUCUACCCUUACGGGCCACUUCGAGCAAAUGGAUGCUGUCGAAUGCUGCACGCGAAACAUUUAGCACUGACGAGUGCCAUUUACACUCUGAAUAUCUCCAUCCUGGUGGUGCUGCUCUACUCGUGGCGAAUCAGUGUCAACGUAAAAAAGUACAGCGAUCUGGAGGACGUCUACUAUGGUGUCCAGAUUGCUUACUUUGCCAUCAUCGGAACGCAGUGCUCGAUGGUUCUGCUCAGCAUUGUAUUGAUAUUUGGAAUCUAUAAGGAAAACAUUGGUCUCGUGGUACCGUGGAUAAUCGGAUUCAUCACCUUCAUGGCGCUGGAAGCCGUGGCAAUGGUAUACUCCAACGUGCUGCGGGAUCAUGUAAAUAGGCAAUUCGAUUCCCUGUGCAAAGCUGAAGUGGCCUUUUUCAUAUCACGAGCAUUCAUCAACGCCCUGGCAAUGUGGGCCGUCACACGCUUCUAUAAUCUGCUGCGGGCGGGUGUCACCUGGAAGGGGCCGGAAGUGAUCGAACUAUGACACAACUCGAACGACACGGAGAAAACGCUGGCGUCUCUCCGUGACGAAACCCACCUGAUUGUGCGCAUCCGUGAUACCGAGAACGAAUGCGGCGGCCGGUACAGCUCCAGCGACGAGGACGACGAUAACCGCAACGGUGGCGACGGCGACGACGACGGGGAGGAUACCGAUGACAAUAUGAUUGAUGCCUCGGGCCAUGGUGGACGGGGGAGACCCAGCCGGGGACGAUCACGGCCGCAACUAUUUCGAGACGGUGGUGUCGGUUCCGACGACGGAGACAAGAGCCCCGGAAGUGGGAGCGAUGAGGACGACUCGCUCCUCGUGGCGUACGAUAGCAAUUCCGUGGCAUCCGUUUGACAAUAUCGAAAGCUGGUGCGGAUGCUGACGGAGUUCCAGCGGCAGGCGGACAGUGCUGUGUUGUUGUUUUUAAUUAUAUUUUGUAUUGAGGUAUAUGCGCAGAUUUUUAUAUUUUUCUAGACGAUGGCCAGAAUUGAUGAAUUUCUGGUAAGGCAAAGAUGUAAAGUAAUUCCAUCAAAUAUAAGGAAAAAACACCUAGAACCGUACUCGACAAUUUUACAAUUUGGUUUGAAAUUUGCACAAAACAAAAAAUGAAAUCAACAACGGCAUACAUGAAAUUCUUUUCUCUUUGAAAUUUUAUCCGAUUCCAGACUUCACUUAUAUAAAAUCGUUCUUAUGCCCUUCUCACAAAAGAGGCAUCGUUUUGACGUGACCUACGCAUCUACCUAAUUCAGUAUUGAACAUUCGUUUACUAUCAGCUGCCCAUGAUAGCAUAUUUGUAACACUCGCAUUUUAGUUCAUUUUGUCAAAAGCCUGUGAAUCGUUCAGAUAGCUUAAUUUACUGCAUCUAAUCCCACAACAGUAAAAUAGGCUUCACUAUAUAUGCUUAUUUGUGGUAAGCUGGAAAUGAUUGAGUUUGUGGCGAGGAUUGACAAACGAUUUACAAAAUCAACCGAAAUGCAAGUGUUGCAUAUAUGCUGUCAUGAGCAGAUCACUCCCAAUAUUUAGUCAAACAUAGU